AUGAAUCGCUGGACCAGGGAGAUUGAACGACCGCGCGAGCGUCUGCUGCGUGGCGGCGCCCAGAAUCUCAGUAGUGCAGAGCUCAUCGCGGCCUGUCUGGGCAGUGGCCUGCCCGGCGAAAGCGCGCAGCAACUGGCAGAAAGGCUGAUCCAGCAAUUUGGCAGCCCGUUAGCGCUGAUCGCUGCGCCAACGGAAAAGCUGCUGGCCUGCCGCGGCUUAGGCCAAGCGCGCACAGCGCAACUCAAAGCCGUGCAUGAGCUGGCCUGCCGCAGUGAUGAAUACACACUGGCGAAAUCGGGUCCGUUGCAGAAUGUAAGUGCCGUCAGUCGCUACAUACGGCGGCGUAUAGGCCAUCGCGAACGGGAAACCUUUGCCUGCCUGUUUCUGGAUACCCGGUACCGACCUAUCUGCUGGGAGGAAUUGUUUCUCGGCUCGGUGAAUCGUGCGCAUGUUCACCCCAGGGAAGUGCUGAAGCGUGGCAUUGUGCUGAAUGCAGCAGCGCUGGUUCUGGCGCACAAUCAUCCGUCCGGCAUUGCGGAACCCAGCCAGGCGGAUUUACAGCUCACCCGGGAGCUGAAAGACCUGUUGCGGCGGGUAGAUAUUGAAGUGAUAGACCAUGUCAUUGUCUCGCCGACAACAUCGGUGUCUCUGGCAGCGCGCGGAUUGCUCGGAUCCUAG